CAUUUCUUGUACCAACCUACUCCUAACUGCAACUGAAGUUCUUUGCGGCAGGCUCCUAUGUAGACUGCUUCACCCCUCCAAGCACCUUCAGCAUGCAUGAGGAAGAAAUAUAUAGCUCUCUUCAGUGGGACAUUCCUACCUCAGAGGCCUCUCAGAAGUGUCCAUCCCCUAGCAAAUGUUCAGGAACCUGGUGUGUUGUGACAAUGAUUUUCUGUGUGGUCUGUGUGGGCUUGUUAGCAACAUCCAUUUUCCUGGGCAUCAAGUUCUUCCAGGUGUCCUCUCUUGCCAUGGAGCAGCAGGAAAGACUCAUCCAACAGGACACAGCAUUGCUGAAUCUCACACAGGGGCAGAGGACGCACACACUGCAAUUGAAAAGAUGCCAAGCCUUACUGCAGAGUUCUCUCCGAUCAGGUAGUGACUGCAGCCCUUGUCCACACAACUGGAUUCAAAAUGGAAAAAGUUGUUACUAUGUCUUUGAACGGUGGGAAACGUGGAACAGCAGUAAGAAGAAUUGUUUAGAAGUGGGUAACGGCCUCCUUCAAAUAGACAGCAAAGAAGAAAUGGAGUUUCUCAGCCACAGUGUGUGGAAGCUCAAACAAGGAGGUGAAUACUGGGUGGGAGUGUCUCAAGAUGGACUCAGUGGAUCAUGGCUCUGGGAAGAUGGCUCCUCUCCUCUCCCUGACUUGAUGCCAACAGGGAGACAGCUACCAGCCAGCCAGAUCUGUGGAUACCUUAAAGACUGGACUCUCAUCUCAGCUAAAUGCAGUAGCUGGAAAUAUUUUAUCUGUGAGAAGAAGAUGGGAUCCUGCACCUGAAAGAUACAACUCAAAGCUAUGUCUGUUACACAUGUGUUUGAAAGAGCCCAAAGAGCAAAUGUAGAAGGAGAUUGAUGUGAGACCUAUCAAGGCAAACUUGCUUUUUUAUUUACACUUGGCAAUACUCUGUAAUGCUUUAAAGAUUUCAGUUGACCUUGUCUAUUGCACCAAGCAGAAAAUUGAUUUAGAGUUACAGAAGACCCGACUCACUGAGAAAGGAGAAGAGAAAAUUAUUUCCUGUCUGUUUGAAAGUCCAAAGUGAUUAUCCAUACCAUCUAGCUGCCCUGGUGAAAGUUUUUACAGUAAUCCCUGGUUCGUACUUUUAGCAAACAAUUCUAUCUACUAUACUUACAACUGACAGAAUUUUAUUCAGGUCCAGUAAUUAUAUGUCAUAAGAUUACACACUGAGAGAAGAGAGAUGGAUUUCUAAACUGUAGUAUUACCACCAGUCAUACGCCAGGGUCCUUAGUCUCUAGGUAAAAAUGAUCAGAAUGGGGACCUCCAGUGUUGUCCCUCCUCCCCUGAGGCAAUGACCUCACAGAUAUAGAAAUGUACAGUUUCUAACCCUUGGAGCCAGGGCACUAGUGCUCCAGGGUCUGAGUGCUCAGGUCGAAGGCUCAUAGUUUUUUUAAAAUCACUACUGGCUCCAGGUCUUGGCAGCUUUUGCAACCCCUGACCUUUAGCAGCAUCAGACAGCAGUCAGUAGCAGCAAGCAGCUCCCAUUGAUGUUAUAGAUAGCUUUAGGGUGGUGUAGCAUUAACUCUGCAGUGACUACUAUGACAGUCCUGUGGUCUAGAACGAGAGAAUCUCCCAUCAGCCUUUGUUGGCUGUUAGCUCUCAGCAUAGGUUUUCUGUGAUCCUUGGUCCUAAAGACAGCAGCUGCUUGGCACUCUUCCAGGCCCCCAAGCACAUGUUUCUCCUUUCUGGUUUGCCACAGCCUUCUGUCUUUACUCAGCCUGGCUUUUCUACCUUCUCUCAUUUCUUUGACUCUACCAUUACUCAGUGUCUCUCUCUGUUUCUGCUGCCCAUCCUUUCUGCCAUGGCCCCUGUCUGGAAUUCUUCAGCUGUUCUCUCGUCUCUCGACUGCUGUCACCACCAGAGCUGCUUGCUUGCCUUUGUUACCAUCUUGUGCUUCUGCAUCCUUUCUUUGUAUUAGCAGUUCAGGCCAUUCUUCUAAGGAUGCAGUGCAAAGGAGGUGAGAAAGGACCGUUCAGGAAGUUUGUCACUGGUUCGAAUGUUGCAGUAUCAGGAGUGUCCUGGCUGACUCUAAAACUGAACCAAACAGCUCAUUUAAUAGAAGGGGGUGUGGUGAGGCUGUGUGCCCCUUCAGAGCAGUCCUUCAAGGGCUGUGUUUGCACCAAUCUCGCAUAGACUCUUGCUUACACGGGUCUUCCCUAGGGCCAUGGUUGGAAGUGCUUCCCUUCUGGCCUGAGUGAGAACAGCUGCAGGACAGGCUGGACCUUGUGCAGUUUGCCAACUCUUCUCUUGCUUAGAGUCCUGCUUUCCAUAGGCUGUUCCAGUUGUGCGAACAGUCACAACUGGAGCCUGUCUUCAGCCAUGGGGUGGUGGUAUUCUUCAACAACUAGAGGGACUUCAGAGUAAAGUGCCCAAACUGCUGGACUGUCAUGAGGACAGUCUGGCCAGAUGUUAGUAAAGAGGCUGGUUGGCUGAUAGCUUGAAUCAUUCAUUCACAGACAAUAAAAGUGUGUUUACAAUAAAUAGUUAAUAAAACCCCAGUAUAUUGCAAUUCUAAUAGCACUUACCAGUACAUACUAAAUAAAUGAACAUUCGAGAGGGUUUAACUUCUGCCCCAAAGCUGUUAGAGUCGUUGAGUCCCUCUGAUCUCAGAAGCACCAGGGCCUCUUCUGUCUAUGGCGUUGGGCUGUGCUUUUCAGACUGCAGAGUUCUGCUGGGCAAGAAACUGUUAGAAUUUCAUGUAGGUAAAGGACUCGUCUGGACAUCAGCAUGUCCCUAUGUGAAGGCGGGACCUUCCAUCCUAUUGCUCAUGGAUCAAAUGGCUCAGUCUGCACUGACAAGAUGAACAACCUAGCACUUCUAACUGCCUAUCUCCAUACUUCAACUUCUCUGCUAUAAAACUGUAAUAUGAUUUAUUUCAAAAUGCUGCUUAAGAAGGCCAUCAUGCAAACUAUAGAAAAUGAUAUUUUAGAUAGGAAAGGAUAAAUGAAAAUGCGUGCCAUCUACCAGAAGAAAAAUUAGCAAAUUAUGGUUAUCAUGUUCCCUACCUAUCAUGUGUCAUCUUUAAAUCGUACUACAUAGCAUGCUUUUAAUAAAUAUUUGCUAAAUU